AUGACUCUGUGGUUGUACAACGAUGAGUUGGUGUGCAAAAUGUUUCCACAGUCACUGGCUGGUGGAGCAAUAAAGUGGUUCAAUCAGCUCCCGGCACAGUCGAUCGGUACUUACCAUGAGCUGGUUGGAGAAUUCUGCUCUCACUACAAGUACAACAGACGUGAUCAUAAGGGAUGCCACGUAUUGUUCCUUCUAGGAAUUCGGAAUGAAAAAAUCAUCAGACAUUUUACUCGACGCUUUAAGCAAGAGUUGGCCGAUGAGGAUGAUGCCAACGACCAAGUCAUCACCGAAGCUCACAAACAAGCAUACCAAUAUGAUCAAAGAGGUGUGUAUGGUUUCUUGGUCAAGAAACCACCAAAGACUCUAGAAGAACUGUAUGAUCCAGCAGAAGAAUACGCUCGAGUUGAGGAUGACUCCAAAGAUCGAGAGACGAGAGAUGUUAACAGAUCAUCCAAUCAUCCAAAUGAUGGGAAGAAAGACAAGUCAAAGAACCGUUCGAGCGAACAACAUAACGAUCGAGAGUUGUAUGAGAAAACAAGCAAGGAUUUGAUCCCCCCUCGGCCUUUGCCAGCGAAGACACGUGAUAAACUUGAUAAGAGCAAAUACUGCAAAAUUCACAAAAACCAUGGUUACAAGACCGAGAAUUGCCGCUCUUUACAGAUCGAGGUCCAGCGAAUGAUAGACGCUGGAAAGCUACAAUAG